AUGCUUCCAGGUGAGAUCAUUUCAGGCCUCCACUACCUAGCACCUGAAAUCCCAAUUCCAGAUCCUCCUCACUUUGGCAUCAUGCAGAACAACAUGUCCUCCCUCCAUUUCAAUACUCUCUUUAGCAAUUUAUCCCAAGCUCAAAACUUUCCUGCAGGCCAUGAAUUCACUCAGCAAUCUUCAAGCCUCAGCAACAACUCCAGUACUUCUGAUGACGCUGAAGAACACCAGCACCUCAGAAUCAUUGAUGAGAGGAAGCAGAGGAGAAUGAUAUCCAAUAGAGAAUCGGCUCGGCGAUCACGGAUGAGGAAGCAGAAACACCUGGAUGAGCUCUGGUCACAGGUGGUCAGGCUGAGAAAUGAGAACCAGAGUCUGAUAGACAGGUUAAACUACGUGUCAGAGAGCCAUGACAGGAUUGUGCAGGAAAACACUAAGCUCAAGGAAGAAGCUUCUGAUCUUCGCCAAAUGCUCACAAACCUUCAAAUUGGCAGCCCUUAUAAUAUUAAUGCUACCACCUUCAGAGAGCUGGAAGCAGAGGUGCCCUGCAACACAGCUCAUCUCAGAGCUGAAUCUUCAAACCAAUCCAUUGCUGCAUCAGCUGACUUGCUCCAUUGA